UCUGACAUCCAAUGGCCUGAUCAGGGCUUUAGUCAGCCCCCCUUUCUCGAAGGAGAUCCCUCUGCCGAAGACCAGCGUAGACAGGGCUUAGCCACGGUUGCACGAGCAUAACCAGAUACAAAUUAGGACCGAGAUUUCUUUUCCUUGCACGCACCUGCAGCAUCAAGUUCAUAUCCCCAGCUAGAACCACCGUGUAGCAACCAUGUCUGUAGCGGGGCUGAAGAAGCAAUUCCACAAAGCCACUCAGAAAGUGAGCGAGAAAGUUGGAGGUGCAGAAGGAACGAAGCUCGAUGAAGACUUCACUGAUAUGGAAAAGAAGAUGGACACCACGGCUCGGGCCGUGCUGGACAUCAUGACCAAGACUACUGAGUAUCUGCAGCCGAACCCAGCCACCAGAGCUAAGAUGAGCAUGAUGAACUCCAUGUCCCGUAUGCGGGGACAGGAGAAGGGGCCGGGCUACACGCAGACCGAGGCCAUCCUGGGAGAGUCCAUGCAGAGGUUUGGCAGGGAGCUCGGAGAGGAGUCAAACUUUGGCCUUGCUCUGAUCGAUGCCGGGGAAGCCAUGCGUGAGCUCAGCGAGGUUAAGGACGCUCUGGACAUGGAGGUCAAGCAGAACUUCAUUGAUCCACUGCAGAACCUCCAUGAAAAAGAUCUGAAGGAGAUUCAGCAUCACCUGAAGAAAAUGGAGGGUCGUCGUCUGGACUUUGACUAUAAGAAGAAACGUCAGGGCAAAGUGACAGAUGACGAGAUCAAACAGGCACUAGAGAAGUUCGACGAUUCCAAGGAGAUCGCUGAGCAGAGCAUGUUCAACCUGAUCGAGAGUGACAUUGAACAGGUGAGCCAGCUCGCUGCACUGGUCCAUGCCCAGGUGGAGUACCACAGCCGGGCUGCUGAGAUCCUCACACAGCUCUCCAGUAAGAUCGACGAACGGAUAAGGGAUACUUCUAACAAAGCGAGGAAAGAGUACAUGCCUAAACCUCGUACGUCUCUGGACUUCUCCAUCAGUGAGAACCACAAUGGAGGGAUCCACAGUGCUCGCUCUCCAGGGGCGAGGUCUCCAGCAAGGUCUCCAGCAAGAUCUCCAGCCCCCAUGGACCAGCCCUGCUGUCGUGCACUGUACGAUUUUGACCCCGAGAACGAAGGUGAGCUAGGCUUCAAGGAAGGCGAUAUCAUCACCUUGACCAAUAAGAUCGAUGACAACUGGUAUGAGGGGAUGCUGCACGGCAACUCCGGCUUCUUCCCCAUCAACUAUGUGGAUAUCCUGGUGCCGCUGCCCCACUAGGAAGUCACUGCAACCAGCUGUGUCUGCAAAACAGAUCCUGGCCUCCAGUCCUUCCCCCCUUCCUCCCAGUAUUCCCGGUAACCUUUACCUAAACAUUCCUACCAACCACCUGUACUCUGCUUUAAAGGAGUAAAAACAGCAGCAACACAAUAACGAGUGAAGAUCGAUGACGCGUUUAAGCAAGUAUGCACCAAUUGAGCGUAAAAACUUCAAAUGAGGAAUAAUCGUGUUUAUGUCGUUGCUUCCCCUUUUUCCCAGGAGGUACCUUCAGGCUUCCAUAGUCAUUUUAUCCAUUACUGUCCUGGCUUUUGUCUCGGUUUGAGUUGGCCGUCAGUCUGUCAUAAUUUCCGUGAGUUUAUCAGAGCAGCUUUGCAAAAUUCACACUUUUCUCUCAUUCACUGUACUUUGUGGAAACUUCUACAGUAGAUAGAAACUUAUUUCUCACAUACUAGGAAAAAAAAUAAAUUGGUCCACGUGCUUCAUGUUUGUUAGCGACUCUAGGUCAAGCAUGGUUUCAAGUGUUUAACGUUUUAUCUUAUUGAAAAAAAAUAUGUUGAGCUGAUUUUGUUUUGUUUUUAAUAUCCUCUAGUUGUCUCUCGGCGUCCAAAAUUCUGUCCAAAAAGGAUGUCCUCUCACCUUUUAACUAUUCUGACGAAAGUCGUAGACUAGAGUCAUCUAGUUGAUAACUAACAACCAACAUUACACAUCGUAUUUUUAUUUUUUACAUAUGAACACGUGCGCAUGAUUUGUCAUAUGUGAUUUAGAUACCAAAGUUACCUGCAAAAACCAGAGUCAACUCCAAUUUUAGCUUCGAGAUUUCCAGACAGCACGGUGUCAGUGAAUCUGUUCAACGCAACAGGGUGAAGCUUUGCAAUCUCUAGUUCUUUGGUAUUUUUAUCAGCAGGGGUGAAACUGUAUUCUUAAGUAUGUGACAUUAAUCUAUCUGAGCCAGUGAUUAGUGGAGUGAUGAACAAACACAAGUUGUGAAGUUUAAACUGUUUGAAGUGAUGUAAGAAAACUAUGGUGCGUAAGUUUCAAUCCUCCAACAUGUAUUUUAUCAGCAGCUUGUGUGAAAAAUGGUCGAUGUGUUGUGAUAUAAUAACUUAUAGGACUUAACUGCUCAUUGGGGCAACUGUUUUUUCUGCAGCUGAAGGUGUAGCUCUUUUUGCUGCAUCCCUACUAGUCCCAUUAGUAUUCUGUAGUUUAGCUGUCUAUAAGCCAUUGAUUAAGACGAAACUAGACAAAGCCAGAGUGCACAAAUGGCUGAACGGAAUGAGAAAUUAUUUAUUUUUUUGUCUUGGUGCAAAUAUUUUUUUUAAUUGGAAUGAUGCAACUUACAGUAAAAAAAACACUCCUCUCUAUGGAGAUAGCUUUGUCUCAAUAAUAUUUGUGUGAACAGAUCGGGAUCAGAUGUGCGUGUUGUCUGUGAAUACAAAAAGACUUCCACAAAUACAAAAGAAAAAGGAUUUGUAAAUGAACUGCACGGAUAAAAAGAAUAUCAGUGAGUUUAUUAAAUUAAUUUGUGAAUAUCUUCCUAACAUGUACAACUUAUAGAAGAAGUGGCUUUAGCCGGUGCUGCCAUGGAUAUAGUAUAUAGAGAUCUGAACUGAGAUCCACAAAUGCCUUUUCAAUUAAUAAAUGGAAAAGUGAUUUACUCCUUUAAAAGUUUUGAAUGUUAGGAAGAUGUUCGGCAAUGUUUUUCAUGUAUGUAUUUGCUUUGUAAUUUUAUUUGAGGCUUUUUCUUUAUUUAACAUGUUAAAAAAGAAUAAUACAAUACAAAAGUUCCGGGUUUUUAAAGAUUCUGUGAAGAUACUGAUAUCAUACUAAACUACAAGAGCUAAUGGAUCCAACCAUGUUGUGAUAUCUUGAAAGAUAUUUCAAAUAUGUAUUAUUACAAAAUACCAUCUUAAGGUGAUAUAAAAGUGAUUAAUAGGGAUAAAUCAUAGCAAAUUGUGCAAUUCUGCGUUUCUUUAUUGAUUAACAACCCCAGUUCGUAUAUUUGCAGAUUUGUUUCAUAUUUGCAAAAUAUUUUUCUGUUUACAAAUCCCUUAUCUCUCUAAGUAUUUGUGGAAGGUGUUUUAUAUUUAUAAAUUACACAUUUACACACAGAUUGCUCACACAAAUAAUCUAUCUUCAUAUUUCUCCAAGAUGAUAUGGACUAAAUGCUGCUGGUUUACCCUUUUUAUGUCCUGUUAGACCUCAGAAAAAUUGCAAGAUUAUACACAUUUACUUUAGUUUUCUCUUACCAGCUAUAUGGUUGUAUGCAGUAUUGUGUGAGAUUUCCUUUCUCCUUUUUGAACUGAUAUUGUACUGAUAAUCUAGAAGUCAAAACCAGUUAUUACAGUACACAUUUGAGAACAGCUGAGCAGUGCACACGUCGUGCACACGUUAUCCCCGGGGUUUUAUUCUCUACGAUGUCGACGAUGUAUUAAACCUUUCUGCAAAAAUAAUCUGUGCAACACUUAUUUUUUCCACCCAUCUUGUAGUAAUGUUGUGCGUGUGCUUUGGGGGACGGGGUUUGGGUUUGCAUACGGUACAUGUUAUGCACAGGGACGGGGCUGCAGAGGACCUCUGGUGCUGAGGUAUUUAUGAUAUACUGUCUCUGACAGUGUUCCACAUUAAAACAAACACGGAUGUCUCUUUAAUCAAAGGACCAAUUCAUUAUAUUCAAUAGAAUUAUAAUAAUUGAUGCAAAAUCAACUGAUACCCAUAUUAAGUGUUUUUUUAUUUUAAAGGGAAGCACAACUUUAACAGACAGUAUAUUUGUUGGCUGGGGAAGAAUAAUGGUACAGUAUGAAGGUCAUGUAUGUAUUUAUCUAUUUAUUUUUGAAAGGCAAAACAAUUCCUUCCUUCUUUUUCUCUUUCACUUUUGUUUAACAAUUGUGUGUAUCUUUGCCCUCAAUGAGGACUGUACAGCUUUUCUGUGUUUUGUUUUCACCUUGUGUGUAUAGUCGCGCAUCUACAGUAACGUAUCUUAUUUUUGUAACUGUGACAAGUAUACACAUACAGUAUAGAUGUAUAUAUACAGUAUAUUAUCCAAAAGCAAUGUGAAAGGAGGGAUUCUCUGUGCUGCACAUGAUUGUCUUUGGAUUGUUUUUUGUUUUCUUUGUUUGUUUUUUGGGUUUUGUUUUAUUUGAUUCUUGCACUGGAUUCUAAGACUGUAUGCUUGAUGUAAAGAAAAAAAAAUGUUAUAAGUCAAUGUAAUUUAUUCAAAUAAAUACAAAGAAAUGGUUCUGGC